UGUAAGAAGUGAUGGUACUUUCGAAUGGAAGAUAUUAUCGGACAAACCCAGCAAAUAUUCCGAAUUUCUUCAAAUGUUCAGCGCUGAUUCAAUAUUCGGAAUAACAUGUCAUUGCUGUGCAACUAAGUUCAACAAGAUAACCACUGAAGUGGAGCACAGAGAAGUAUCCAUUCAGCGAUUGAGUGAAGAAAUCGUUAAAUCUGUCAACAAAUCGAUACAAAACAAAUUGAAUAAUGGUUUAAUUGAUUUAGGUGCAUCAUCUUCAGCUAGUCAUAGUGACAACAAAAACACCAAUCCGAAAAAAACACCGGGGCCACAAAAAAUCACACCGAUAAAUGGUAUUUAUUCAAUUCAUGUUUCUCGUUUGCCGAAAGAUGCUACCUCCGAUGAUGUAACUGCCAUUAUCAUUGCCAACUCUGAAAUUCACACUGAUGCCUUUUCUGUUGAGAAAAUUCCAAACAAACGGUUCAAAGUGAAAAAGCAAUCUGAUGGUACAGCUCAGAAGAAAAAUAAACAAAACGCCGAAAAAAAACGAACAACACAACAUAAUUCUGAUAACAACAACAAUCGGCAAACCAAAGGCAAACCAAAUGCACAUUUUCAACGAGAGCAAAAUGACAAUCAGCGAAAGACACGAUAUUCCAACAGAAAUCAUCGUUUUGAAAAUUUCUCUCGUCCAUACAAUCACAAUCGGAGAUUUCAAAAUCAAAAUGUGUAUAGCCAACGGCUAAGUCAGUGGCAGCAAUCUGCUCCUUUUCUGCAGCAACCAUUUUUCCAUCCGCCGUAUGUGAUACCAGGUUUGCAACAAAUGCAUCAUCAUCCAUCACAAAUUCCAAUGCAAAUGCCACAACAUCUACCACCACAAAUGCCAAUGUAUGCACAACCUCAACCAUUUUAUCACAGUUAAACCCAGCCUUCUCCACCUCAUCAUUCUGUUUAAAUCCACUUUUUGCCACAUCAUUUCACAUUCAGCAGCC